CAUUUCUCUCUCUCCGCAAACUCUCUCUUGCUCUCUCUUUACCCGCCCUCUCUUGCUCUCUCUUUACCCGCCUUCUCUAUUACAGGUAUUUAUCUAUAUCCGCCCUGCCUUUCUCUCUCUACCCGAAAUCUCAACCCAUUUCUCCCUGCUCAAACUCUCUUUCUCUCUCUACUGAAACCUAUUGAGUUUUUAGGGUUUUAAACACCACACUUUAAAGACAUCUUUGCUUCCUACCUCUCUCUUCCUCUCUCAUUAUUUCUCAUAAAACCAGAAGUAGAAGAAGAAAAUUGAGGGCCAAAGGGAAAAUUCGUGUACAUCUGCUGGGCCAAAGGGAAACUUAGGGUUGCCUUUAAAAGGUCCAUUGAAGUGUUUUGAGCAGAAGAAUGGCAGAGGAAGACGAAACUCUUAAUGAAAAUGGUUUGUCUACUGAUGCGAGUGAGCUGAAUACAAAUGUGGAAGAUGAUGAAGAAAAGAUUGCGAAGGAGAAAAGGAAGAAGCGUUUACUGAAGGAAAAAGAGGCUUCAGGCAAGCGUGGUGUGUGUUAUUUGAGUCGUGUUCCUCCUCAUAUGGAUCAUGUAAAACUUCGUCAUAUUCUUUCACAGUAUGGAGAAAUUCUGCGCAUAUAUCUUGCACCAGAAGAUCCCACAGCUAAAGUUCAUCGCAAGCGAAUUGGUGGAAAUCGAGGUCAUGAAUAUUCUGAAGGGUGGGUCGAGUUUGCUAAAAAAAGUGUUGCAAAGAGGGUUGCCAAUAUGCUCAAUGGGGAACAAAUAGGUGGGAAGAGGAGGUCUUCGUUUUAUUAUGAUCUUUGGAACAUCAAGUAUCUUAGAAAAUUUAAGUGGGACAACCUUACGGAGGAAAUUGCAUACAAAAAUGCUGUACGGGAGCAAAAGCUAGGCCUCGAAAUAUCUGCAGCCAAAAGAGAACGUGAUUUUUACCUCUCAAAAGUUGACCAAUCUCGUGCUCUUGCUUCCAUUAGAGAACGUGAAAAGAAGAAGAAGAAGGUUGCAGAACAAGAUUCAGAUUGCAAGGGGGGUGGUGAAGUUGAGAACCAAGAAGAGGUCAAGGUGGUGCGGAGGUUUCCACAGACGCGCCCAAUUGCUGAUAAUACCAAUCGCAAGGAGCCGAGGCUCUCGAAGGAGGUUUUGGCUGGGGUUUUUGGAGGGCCCUCUGUUUGAUGAGUUGCUCUCAUGGAGAUGUAGGCAGCUGCCAUUUAUGGGGAUUCCAUUCUUUUAUUUUUCAUUUCUUUUCUUGUUCUGAAUAUAAUGGAGAAUCGUCUCUCUCUCUCUCUUUCUAGAUUGUUUGAUGUGAACCAUAGAGGUCAAUGGGAAAUGCCAAUUUUGUAUUGCAGAGGCCCAUGGGAAAAGCCAAUUUUGUACUAUAGAGGCCAAUGGGAAAUUCCAAUUUUGUAUUA